GUAAUUUAGGCGAGGGACCUAGAGUCAAGGGGCGAACUGGGGAACAGGCUCGGCAGUGGGCUUCUAAGCGGGUGUCUUGUAAAGACAGCACAGAUAGGGCGGGGAACGGGAGUGACGCCUUUUUCGACUUUGUAUGUGUACCCUACACAGUGUAUGUGCAGUUUGUGUAUGCAGAGGGGAAAUGAAACUAAUGUAAGCCAACAUUUGGAAAUCGUGAACCUUGGCGAUGAGAAGAAAUUGAAUUUCCAUUGGUCUCCGUGUGUCGCGCAUUCGGACUCCGACUCUGGUGAUGCCUGUGGUGUGGGGAUCGCCGUGCAUCUCAGGAAAACAGGGCGUCGGAGGAUGAUGGUAGUCAAAAGAUCAUCAUGGCAAACGGAACCGGCACUAUUAUGUUGAAAUGCGUUGUGGUUGGUGACGGUGCUGUGGGCAAAACGUGUCUGUUGAUGAGCUAUGCCAACGACGCCUUUCCAGAGGAGUACGUACCCACUGUGUUUGACCAUUAUGCAGUGAGUGUCAACGUUGGCGGGAAGCAGUAUUUAUUGGGAUUGUACGACACAGCUGGUCAGGAGGACUAUGACCGCUUGAGGCCUUUGUCGUACCCCAUGACUGACGUCUUCCUGAUCUGCUACUCCGUGGUCAACCCAGCCAGUUUCCAGAAUGUGAGGGAAGAGUGGGUCACCGAGCUGCAGGAGUAUGCCCCCAGUGUCCCAUACCUCCUCAUAGGCACUCAGAUUGACCUUCGUGAUGACCCCAAGACCAUUGCCAAACUGAAUGACAUGAAGGAGAAGCCAAUCACCACAGAGCAGGGCCAGAAGCUAGCAAAGGAGAUUGGCGCGUGUGUCUACGUGGAAUGCUCAGCUCUCACCCAGAAAGGACUGAAAACUGUGUUUGAUGAGGCCAUCAUUGCUAUCCUGACCCCCAAAAGGAAGAAGGGUGCCCUGAAGAGAAGACUGGGGCCGCGCUGUAUCAACUGCUGCCUCAUCACGUGAGAGAGAUGGGAACGUCCAACAACACCUGGGUCAUUUUCAUUAGGGCAUGCAACAGAAAAUGUUUUAAGACAUGUCGAAACAAAAAAAGCUUUUUUUUAUUGGAUAAGAUCCCCACCCUGUUUCAGACUGUUUUUCUUCCAUUUGGUGAUGAAUACACUCCUGAAUAGAAACCAGAACGAAUGACAGAGACAGAGGUCAUAAGAAGGGGAAAACGACUGAAGGACCGAAAUGGACAAAUGAGGACCCUAUUUUUAGUUCAGGGCUCUUGUCUCUCCUGCUGUCGACCAAUGGAGUUGGAGGGGGGGGGGACAGCUUUACUACCAAAGGAGCACAAUACCAGGUCAACAACGCCCUUGAGUAAGAAUUUAUUUGCCUUCAAAAGUAUGUUAUUUUUUAUUUUUUUUAAAAUGUUUUUCCUGUACGAAAGUAUGUAUCAAGCUGUCUGAAAACAGGGGUAUCAUUGUGUCCAUUUAACUCCUGAUAUGUCUAUUUUUUUUGUACUGUCUGCUGUAGAAAUGAAUGAAUGGGUGCAUUGCAUUUAUUUAAAGUGCUUUCCAUCAGGCCUCCAAGUGCUUUACAUUAUGUUUUGGUAACUCACCUUAGCCACCACCAAUGAAAUGCAUACUGUUUAAAAAAACAAAAAAACAAUUAUAAUACUUUGAUCCCAUCUAGUAUGGGGAGUUUUAGGACACGAUCUGCUUCCUUUGCUCAGCUUGCAGUGCUAAUAUUAAAAAUGUUGGAUUUAUUUGUCAGUAGCCCAAUGGUGCUGAAAUAAUUGAAUUGACACACCUGUAUGGGAUACAGGGAUGUGGGGAGAGCGGAACAAACAUAUCUCCAGCACCAACAUUAAGCACAGUCCACAAACCUAACCCUGUACAUUAAAGCACAGUCCACAUACCUAUCCCUGUACAUUAAAGCACAGUUUAAAAAUCAA